AUGUCUAUAAAAAGGCUCGUUACCUCCCCCGUCUUGGGUCCUCGUCUCACACAGCGAUUACUCCUGAACAAGACAACCCGUCCAAUUCAGAUUGCUGCCUCUCGCACCUCUUUCCCAACACACAACUUCCAAAGAACAUUGUCAUCGAAAUUUCCCAUCCCAGCCACCAUGUCCACCUUUAACUCCGGUGCUGAUCUCCCCAAAGAGGUCACGCCCGUCCUCGUGACGGUCGAGUCCGGAAAACCCAAAUUGGCCGCUACUCCCCCCGUUGAUUGUGAACCUGUGCCCGAUGAAGAGGCCACCUCCGCCCCUGUUGCGCUUGAACUAGAAAAGACCACCACGCCUACUUCCGCUGCUGAGUGCGAUGCCGUGCCCACUGAAGAGGCCACAUCUACUCCUGUUGCGGUUGCGGACGAGGCGACCAUGCCCGGCACUUUUCCCGAGGACUCCGGUAAUGAAUUACUCCCCAACGAGGACAACCUCCAGCUUGUGAGGACUGUGGAGCACAACGUCACCACCUCCUUAGUUUGGCCCGAGACUUCUGGAAUGGAGCUCAUCAAGACGAACGAAUUCCUGCCCAUUACCUUUGCCGCAGGUCCUGAGGGGUGGUCAGUUACCCCUGUGAGACUGUAUCCACUUGCGGCAAAAUUCAAGCCUCUCACUGAUUUCAACUGCGAGUAUGCUGUAUAUGUAAGUGACUAUGACUGGAUCGACCCUGCGACUGCUCUCGUGAAGGUGUCUUGGACCUUGCCGCUCUCCCCAAAUUUGGAGUACAAAUGGAGGCAGGAGUGGGAAGAGUGGGGUGAACCGGAGUGUCAGCGAGCUCUGGCUUUUGGAUUCAAGAAAUGGCGUUGCAAAUACCCUGAUACCGUCAAGCCUAUCCAUGGGAUGAUUUACGACCCUCUGAAUCGCGUGUCGCUGUACCGUGAGACGCUCCCCGAAGCGAAUGCGCCCGCAGGUGGUCCAUUCAUUCUCGAACAGUUUAUGUACGACGGGAGAAAGGUCUUCAUUGAGUCUGACAACAUGGACGACAUGGACGACAUGGACGCGCAGGAGAAGGAGGAGGAGGAGGAGGAGAAGGAGGAGAAGGAGAAGAAGGAGAAGAAGGAGAAGAAGGAGAAGAAGGAGAAGAAGGAGAAGAAGGAGAAGGAAGAGGCACAGAUGACACAGAUAAUAGAGAUAAUGGAGAUAAGGAAGAAGAGAGAGAUGGAGAGUAAGAAUGAAAACCUGCUUCUAGAACAGUGGCUUAACGCUGUCCCGCGGAACCCUGUGACUGAGGAGCAGCUGCGUACUAUGUCUGGGGCAAGUGACGAAUAUACCAUUAGGCCAAUGGGAGCCGAACUGGAUUUGGAGGAGUAA